AUGAAGAACUAUCGAACGGUUGGCAAAAUAGGCGAAGGGACGUUUUCUGAGGUGGUGAAGAUGCAGAGCCUACAGGACGGGAGCUACUACGCAUGCAAACGGAUGAAGCAGCGCUUCGAGAGCAUGGAGCAAGUGAACAGUCUACGGGAGAUCCAAGCCCUGAGACGGCUGAAUCCACACCCGAACAUCCUCAGGCUGCACGAGGUGGUGUUUGACAGGAAGUCUGGCUGCCUUGCUCUGGUUUGUGAACUCAUGGACAUGAAUAUUUAUGAGCUCAUCCGAGGGAGGAGGCAGCCAUUACCAGAAGAGACGGUCAUGCGCUACAUGUACCAGCUGUGCCGGUCCCUGGACCACAUGCACAGGAACGGAAUAUUCCAUCGAGACGUAAAACCUGAAAAUAUCCUCAUCAAGCAGCAAGUCCUGAAGCUUGGGGACUUCGGCUCCUGCCGGAGCGUCUACUCCAAACAGCCGUACACGGAGUACAUCUCCACGCGCUGGUACCGGGCCCCUGAGUGCCUGCUGACAGAUGGCUUCUACACCUACAAGAUGGACCUGUGGAGCGCUGGCUGUGUGUUCUACGAGAUUGCCAGCCUGCGGCCCCUCUUCCCUGGAGCCAACGAACUGGACCAGAUUUCCAAAAUCCAUGACGUCAUCGGCACUCCCGCACAGGAGACUCUCACCAAGUUCAAGCAGUCGAGAGCUAUGAAUUUUGAUUUUGCUUUUACAAAGGGGUCGGGGAUACCUCUCCCGGCAGCCAAGCUGAGCCCGCAGUGCCUCUCCCUGCUGCGUGCCAUGCUGGCCUAUGACCCGGACAUGCGCAUCGCUGCCCACCAGGCCCUGCAGCACCCCUACUUCCGGGAGCAGAGAAGGCGGCCCUGAAGCACCAGGACAAUGCUCCUAGGAGCCUGGGCUGUGCUGGGC